UCCGUGGACUGACUGCAUUGCUUGUUGUUGCGCUUCGGAGGCGGCGAUCCCCGAAGGCGAGAUGAAAUAUGACUGAAGCCGGUGACCUUAACCGAAAGUCGUUCCCAGGCUACUAGUUGCCGCCAAGGAGUGGCCUAGAGAUGUUUGACGGCUACAAGCCGGAGAGGUGGCCCAUCCUCAGGGAGCGCUUGUGCUCAGAUGGCUUCUCAUUUCCCGAAUACUGCAUCAAAUUGUCUCAUCUGAGAAGGAUCCACAGAGCUGUCUUCCAUGGUAGGCUGGAGAAACUGAAGUACCUUCUGCUCACGAGAAGUGACCCCAAUAAGAGAGACAAGAAGGAAAGGACUGCCCUACAUUUGGCCUGUGCCACUGGCCAACCGGGCAUGGUAUCUCUCCUGGUGUCCGCAAGAUGUGAGCUUAACCUCUACGACCGUGAAUACAGGACACCUCUGAUCAAGGCUGUACAACUGAGGCAGGAGGCUUGUGCAACUAUUCUGCUGAAAAAUGGUGCCGAUCCAAAUAUUAUGGAUUUCUUUGGAAGGAGUGCUCUACACUAUGCUGUGUAUAAUGAAGAUACAUCCAUGAUAGAAACACUUCUUGCUUAUGGUACAGAUAUUGAAGGAUGCAGCGAGGUAUAG